CUGGUAAUUGGUGUUUUGUUUCCCAGACUUAAAGGGACCAAGGCAUUGUAUUCGUCACUAGGCUAUUUUGAGCAAGCCAAUGAAAUGUUCGCAUUUAGUCAUCCUUGGAUUUUCACAUCGCAUAUUGGGAUUCCCCAAUCAAGCAAGAACGACUAUUCUGAAAUCUUUUUUUCAGGAAGAAACCUUACUGAUUUUGUAGUUAUCGAACUUAUUCAAUAUGGCGGCCCCCUGUUGAAAGCUGAAUGAAGAGCUGUGAACGUUUUUUCAGUAGUUUUAUACGUUGUCCUGCACGAUAACAAAACAAAAAAACAAAAAAGGUUUUAGUAAGAUUUUUCUCGUACAGUAAGCUUCAAGAUGUCAUUGUACAGCAGAGAAAGAGGCUACGAUAUGUUUGAUGACGAAGAUACAGAUUCUGAUACAGCAGACAGCUCAGAAGAUGAGAUAGAUGUAAUCCUCCAUGGCACACCAGAACAACGCAGAAAGCUUAAACACCUACAUGAUAAACAGCUCUCCCAGAAAAAUCCUCGACACGGGAAGAAACAGUUGACACACACUACCUCUCAACAAGAUUCUUCCAGUGAAGAUGAAUUUGAAAAGGAAAUGAAUGCUGAACUUGACAGAAAUGUGAAGUCUUUGGAAGGUUCAAGAGUUAAGCAGUUGUCUUCUCAGAACUCUUCUUUGCAAUCAAGAUCAAGUCAAGGACAGAAUGUCGGCACAUCAGCAUCAUCCUCUCAAGGCGAACUUCCAAUGUCCACAGAUGAAUUCUAUGAUGAAAUUUACUUUGAUUCUGAUGAGGAAGAUGAAACUGGUGGGACAGAAGGGAAAUGUAAACAAAAGCAUGCCGUGAUCUCCAAUGAUGACCUUUUGUAUGACCCUGACAUGGACGAUGAGGAUCAGAAAUGGGUAGACCGACAGAGGCAGAGUCACCGGAACAUUCUUGGUGUGGGCAAGAGUACUGGCAAGAAGAAGAAAAAGAUGCCCAACAGCGAUGCUCUCUUGGAUUGCCCUGCGUGCCUUACCACUCUGUGCAUUGACUGUCAAAGACAUGAAACCUACAAGCAUCAGUACCGCGCAAUGUUUGUGAUGAACUGCUCGGUGGACCGCUCAGAGACGCUCACGUGCCCCGAACAAGCCCCCAAGAAAAAGAAAAAGAAGAAAAACUCGUCAGCCACGAACUCCUCAGAGUCCUCAGGCAAUGCAGGCCCCACAGAUAUGUUUAAUCCUGUCAGGUGUACAGAAUGUAACACGGUGGUUGGAGUCAUUGAUGCUGAGGAAGUGUAUCAUUUCUUCAAUAUUCUGGCAAGCCACACAUAAUGCAUGCAAGUUGAGCAAUCUUAUAUAUCAGUGGAAGGCAGCUUGUAGUAGGACUGAUUAUUUGUCUUGAUUUUUUUCUUGUUCGGUUUUUACCAUGGCAAGGCUGAAUAUUCCACGAUUCGAAGUAAUGUAAAUCUAACGUGUCAAAUGUUAUAAAGAAAAGACCCACAAAAGUCUGUUUAAGAAAGCAAAAACAUUUUCAGAAUAGAUUGUCAAAAGUAGAAGUAAGCACCUACAAAGGUUGAAUGCUUAUCAAGCCAAACUGACCCAUGUAGUGCAGACUUGAAAGUAAGAAAAAUUGACUUGGACAACACAGUGACAUCAGACAAAAGUCAAGCAACGAGUCAAGUGAAGACAAAUCUGUUUUUGUGAAGAAUGUCUUGGGGGGAACAAGCAUCAGGCCAUGAGGAUUUGUCAUGUAGGCUUUUGAAUGGCAACAAAGCUCCUGUAAAAUUUAAAAAACAACAAAUCUACAAACAUCACAGGAUAACACCAAGAAGUAAGCUCUUGUUUCACACUCAUGGGUACCCUCAUGACCAAACAAACCUUUGUUACCAUUUAUUUCUGUGACUAUGCAUAUGAGACAGUGGAACAUCACCUUUCCACUGUACAGCCCUAAAUGACAUCAGAGCUACCCUUCUCCUUCCGAGACCUAACUUCGACAACACACUCUACGGAACAUUACAGCAACUGCAGCAAACCUGCACUUAUCACUACAUGGCAUUGGACAGAAGGGCGAGAGCCCAGAUGUUGCUGGAUCGAUAACAACAAUAACUACAACCAUUUAUUUCAACAUAGUGAUCCACCCACUUGUUCCACGCUUCAUUCCCAUUUCGGAUGGACAUGUGACAGACCUAUCUAUACAUGUGUUUAUUACAUGUUAUUAGGUAUUUUUGUUUGGUUGUUUUUGAUCAUUGGGAAAGAGGGAAGUUUUUUUUGUUUUUUAAUUGGUUGGGGUAGUUAUGAGAAGUGAAAUACAAACCUGUGUACCUGUUGUCAAAAUUUUAUGAAGAAAAACAUUGUUUCUCAGAGCUUGACCAGUAAGGCAUCUGGAACAUAGAAUGCUCCUUUGCAAAUUGGAAGCUCUAUAAGGCCUUACGUUGUUUGUUUUUUGUAUUUUUUCUCGGGUACCAGUACCUUUUCUUCUUUACAGGUCCCUACUGUUAAGUUGAACUUCGGAUGAGUUUAUCUUUUUUUUUUCACUCCCCAGACGACUUCACAACUCAUCAGUAAACUGGAUAAAACGUUAAUGUCAGCAUCUUAUAAGAUUCUUUAACAACAGUGUUGUCCAUCAUUGUUACCGUAUAUUUUUAGUAGGCUGAAGUGGUCCUAUUGAGCAAAAAGUAUUCUUGCUGUACAAAUAUUACUGGAUCAGUGAAGAGGAGUACUUUUUUACAGUUCUACAAUGUUAUGUAUUUAACUUGAAGUGAUUGAAUUAAACCCAUGAAGAAGACAUGCUAAAACUGCA